AUGAGUAAAACAGACUGGUUGUUGGAAUGGGCCAAGGAGAAUGGCGCUGAAUUGAGCCCAAAUUUACAGUUCAAAGAGCUUUCGCUGGAUAACUAUGGCGCAAUCUCAACUGCUGCAGACUCGAAAGCAUCGAUUCUGAUCCCGCGGCAGCUCAUCAUCACUAGCGAUAGAGCACAAGCGUUGUUCUCAGAGGAAACAUACACCAAAUCCACGAACCGCCUCGCUUUGGUGAAGCUAUUUUUGAGCUACGCCAGAACCAAGGAGACGUUUUACAAACCCUAUGUUGACUCAUUGCCCUCUUUGGUGGCGAUUGACUCUCCAUAUACUUGGCCCCCCGAGGAUUUGAAGCUUAUCGAAGGGACAAAUUUGGGCAACUCGCUAAGGGAGAAUAUUGCAUCUAUAGUAGAGGAAUGGUGGUGUGCGCUCAAUUUGGUGCCUGACGAAAUCCAAAAGCCAGAGGAACAUUUCAUCAAUAUGAAAUUUUACUACGAGUUUAAAUUUUACCAAAAUGAUGAUCUUUACAGCUAUUUCACAGAGACACCAGUUGCCAACUGGACGGCGUUUCCCAACUAUUUGUGGGCAACGUUGAUAUUCAAAAGCAGAGCGUUCCCCGCUUACAUUAUUGACUCCAGUGUAGCGAAAAAUGAGCUGAUGUUGUUGCCUGUGGUUGACUUGCUCAAUCAUGAACCUAGUGCCAAGGUUGAAUGGACGGGAACCGAUGGCAAUUUCAAGUUUGAAACUGCCAAAUGUGGAGCUGCUGGAUCUCAAGUGUUUAACAAUUAUGGCUUAAAAGGCAAUGAGGAGUUACUUUUGGGGUACGGUUUUGCCAUUAAUCCCAACCACAAUGACUCGGUUGCGUUGAAACUUCAGAUACCAGCAGAGAGUCUCAAGAAAAUUAAAGCUCGAGGGAUCAAGCUUCCAACACUUGAAGAUUAUACCAAUUCUGUGGUGGAGCGAGAGACACCUACUGCAAAUCAAGACAACAAGGACAGCAAGGACAAUAUCUUGCUUUUUAUCAACGAUAAAAACGUACCCGAUAAUCUCAUCCAAAUCUUCCAAGUAUUGGUGCAGAAUGCGUGGGAGACGGGCAUAACGUUGCGCAAUCGACUAGCUGGACUCAACCAUUUGCGAGCUGCUUUCGAGGCCAAGAAGAAAUUGCUCAAGCUUGAUGGAGUGGACGAGACAACAAAGACGUGUAGGAGGAAGCAGUACAUAAAUUGGUACAUAACUUCCCAAGAUAAGAUCUUGGGCAGCGCAAUUCGAGAAAUCAAAAGGAAAGAAAAACAGCUCCUCAGUGACUACAAGUCGCAAUUGAUUUCAUUAAAGAGUGUUUAUAAAAGGGACAUAAAGUUCCAGCAAUCUUUGUUGUUUCUCGGCUUUAAUGAUUACGAAUCGAUUCUCGAGUCUGAAUUCCAAGACCAGUGCUGGUUGCUUUGGUUGAUACGCUGCUACAACAAGCCCCACUAUUCCAAGGAGCCCCAGGAGGAUCAAUUCUUGCCCGAUUGGAUUCACGAGUUGUUCACCAAGCUUCGAAAAUCCACCGAUGUGUCGACUCAGGACGUGUUGAACUUCAAGCCCAUCCACGAUAACAUCAUGCCUGAGCUCACUUCUUCCGUGCCGGAAGUUUACACGCGCGGGGACUGGUCAGUUGGGGAAUUUGUCGUUGCUGCGAAACUACUCGACCUUGUUUCGUUUGUUAGAGGCAAAGAGCAGGAGUGUAUUGUUGUCGAGCAGGAAUACCAUGUGUGA